AUGGAUUUUCGACAGUGGGACAAUGAUACAUAUGAAGAGAAGGACAAAGCUUGUUCUGAGAAGGAGAAAGCUAAUGCUGAGCACGAGGCUGGGAAAGAAAAGGAUAACAUCGAGAAUACUGAGGAAGAGGGUGAGAAAGAGGCUGAUGACAAUGCUCAGCAAGAGGGUGAGAAAGAGAAGGAAAAUAGUGAGGCUGAUGAGGAAGAAGACAGUGAGAGUGAAAGUGAAGAGUUGAAGCAAAUAAAGGAGAGAAGUAGAAGACAAGCUGCUAAAUUGUGGAAGGAAAUUGCGAAUGAAGAAAAGAUUGGAGGGAAACAUAAUGAAGAAGAAAGUGAAGAGAAAGAGGCUGAAACCAGUGAGGAAGAGAAUGAGAACAAUGAUGAGAAAGAUGAAGAAAAAGUGGUGGAAUCUGAGGCUGAAGGGGAAGAUGAUCAAGUAGAGGAUGAAGAAGAAGAAGUUGAAGGGAAAGAGUCUGAAACCAGAGAGAAAGAAAAGGAGAAAAAUGAGACUGAGGAGGUGGAAUCUGAGGCACGGGAGACAGAGAUAGAAAAAGGAACUCCGACACCACCACGUGGGAAUCAGACAGAGGGAACUCCCAAAGAUGAUGACAAUGAGCCUCGGGUUGAGACGAACAGAACCGGUGAAACUCCAACACCACCACAUGGGAGUCAGUCAGAGGGAACUCCCAAAGAUGAUGACAAUGAGCCUCGGGUUGAGACGAACAGAACCGGUGAAACUCCAACACCACCACGUGGGAGUCAGUCAGCGGGAACUCCAACACCGCCACGUGGUAGGACUAAGGCAAUGGCUGCAAGGAGACCAAUAAUUAGGCGUAUGGAGGAUGAACCUGGAAAAGGUGAGAAAGUUGUGGAAGGAGAGAAACAAAAGAAAGAGGCUGUGGAAACAGAGGAAAAAAGCAGGGAGAAAGUUGCGGAUGAAGAGAAAAAAAAGGAAGAGGUUGUGAAGGAACAUGCUGAGGAAGUUGUUGAGGAAUACAGUGAGGAAGAAAAGCAAAGGUGGAUCAUGGUCGUUUACAAGGAAGCACCGAGUCCUUGGAUCAUGUAUAGGUGCAAGGAGAAUGUUGUUGUUGCUGCACCUAAGAAGAGUGGCAGACCAAAGAGGAAAUCACAGUGGGUGCAGACUCCUUUCACGGAGGGGAAGAAGCGUAAAACAAAGCCUUAG